CUGAAUUAAACCUGCCUAACCGCCGUUCUUCUUCUAUCCCGCCCAUAAACACGUCACUGAUUCAAAGUGCAGCCGAGGCACGGAGGCAGAGAAAGGAGGCAGCCGAGUGGAUCACACAUUCACUAUUCCACUCGGGCUGGAGCAGGGACAGCCUGCAACACAACACGCUGGGCUUUGAUUUCUCUCCAUUGUAUGAACACACGCGGAGGAUUUAAAGAUGUGGACAAAAGUCGGCAAGCUCGUCCUGUUUCAUUUACUGCUCAUGGAGCUGCAUUACGCUAAAGGAACUCAUACAGAAUCGGAGUGCGAAACCGGGCAGUUUAAGUGCAACAAUGGGAGGUGCAUCCCAAUCCCGUGGAGAUGUGACGAUGAUGACGACUGCUCGGAUAACAGCGACGAGGAGAAUUGCCCCAAGAAGACAUGUGCAACCACAGACUUUGCCUGCAAAAAUGGACAGUGUGUUCCCGCCAGGUGGCGCUGCGAUGGAGAACAGGAGUGUGCAGAUGGUUCUGAUGAGGCUGACGCAAUCUGCAGCCGACAGACCUGUCCACCGGAGAAGUUUGAAUGUGGCGGGACUGUCAGCAAGUGUGUCUCGUUGUCAUGGCGAUGCGAUGGAGAAAUAGACUGUGAGAAUGGGGCCGAUGAAGAGCACUGUGCCGCAGAUGCCAAGGCCUGUCCAUCCAAGGAUUUCCAAUGCCAUAACGGAAAGUGCAUAGCGCCAAUCUUCGUCUGCGAUGGCGACGACGACUGUGGAGACGGCAGUGAUGAAGAAAAGUGCUCGGUCCCCAGCUGCGACCAGCACGAAUUCCGAUGCAAUGACUCGGAAUGCAUCCCGGCACUGUGGAGCUGUGACGGGGACCCAGACUGCAAGGAUAAGUCGGACGAAUCCAUGGAGCGCUGCAGCAGGAGAACCGAACCCCAGAAACCUCGGUGCAUGGUGAACGAGUUCCAGUGCGGGAGUGGAGAGUGUGUCCGUAUCAACUGGAAAUGUGAUGGAGACGCAGACUGCAAGGACAAAUCCGAUGAGUCAAACUGUCCCGUGCUCACAUGUCGACCUGAUGAGUUCCAGUGUGGCGAUGGUUCCUGUAUCCACGGCACCAAACAGUGCAAUAAAGUCCACGACUGUCCAGACUACAGUGAUGAAGCCGGCUGUGUCAACGUUACAAAGUGCGAGGGGCCAAGGCACUUUCGCUGUAAGAACGGGGAGUGUAUCGACAGCAGCAAGGUGUGUAACAACGUAAAAGACUGCAAGGACUGGUCUGAUGAACCCAUGAAGGAGUGCGGCCUGAACGAGUGUGCAGACAACAACGGUGGCUGCUCCCACAUCUGCAGGGACCAGAGAAUUGGUUUUGUUUGUGACUGUCCAUCUGGGUACAAACUUCUGGACAAAAAGACUUGUGGCGACAUCGAUGAAUGCGAGAAUCCAGAAGCCUGCAGUCAAAUCUGCAUUAAUUACAAAGGGGAUUAUAAGUGUGAGUGCUAUGAAGGUUACGAGAUGGACCCUGCCUCCAAGACCUGCAAAGCUGUGGGAAAGAGUCCAUACUUAAUGUUCACCAACCGCCAUGAGAUCCGUCGCAUUGACCUGCUGAAGAGUGAAUACACACAAGUGGUUCCUACACUGAAGAACGCCGUGGCGCUGGAUGUGGACGUGGCCAUCAAUAAGAUGUUCUGGUGUGAUCUAUAUCAUCGGAAAAUAUACAGUGCGUACAUCAACAAAGCCAAUGACUCUUCGCAGCAGGUGACGCUGAUUGAAGCGCUCCACUCCCCCGAAGGGCUGGCUGUUGACUGGGUUCAUAAGAACAUCUACUGGACCGACUCGGGCAACAAGAGCAUAUCAGUGGCCACGGGAGAUGGCAGCAAGAGGAAAAUGCUCAUCGUCACGGAGCUGAGCGAGCCCAGGGCCAUAACAGUCGACCCACAUCAAGGAUUUUUGUAUUGGUCCGACUGGGGAGAUCAGGCGAAGAUUGAAAAAGCCGGGAUGAAUGGAGUGGAUCGACAGGUUCUGGUGUCUGAGCACAUCGAAUGGCCAAAUGGAAUAACCCUAGACUUGUCCAAUAGGCGUCUCUACUGGGUGGACUCCAAGCUGCACCUGCUGUCCAGUGUGGAUUUUAAUGGAGACAACCGCAGGGUUCUGCUGUCCUCCCAGCAACACUUGGGUCACCCCUUUGCCCUCACAGUCUUUGAGGAUCGCAUAUACUGGACCGACCUGGAGGAUGAAGCAAUUUACAGCGCCAACCGCCUGACAGGGAAUGAUGUGGCUAAGGUAGCUGAGCACCUCAAUAACCCUCUGGACCUGGUGGUGUUCCAUGAACGCAGGCAGCCAAAGGCCCCUGAUACCUGUAACAUGGGCACUUUACCUAAUGGUGGCUGUGAGUACCUCUGUUUGAAGGCGCCUCAGAUCACAGACCACUCGCCCAAAUAUACCUGUGCCUGUCCUGAUGGCAUGGAGCUGGGACCUGAUAUGAGGCGCUGUGCCACAAUCCGCGCAAGAACAACCACAACUGCAGUUCCGACCACCACCACUACGCCCGCUACCACAACCGGCACACCCAGCACAACAACAAAAAACACACAAGUCCCCACCACCGCUGCGCCAACAACAACAUCAACCACUACUGCUGCUGCUUCCACCAUCACAACCGUGCAUCUGGAGUCAAGCGAACCCGCUCAUAGCCCCAGUGCUACUUCCACCGAGCCCCAUCAAUCACCUGCUUCCAUAAGUCCAAAGAUGGCCAGUUUCAGCAGCACCAGUCAGAUGUCGACGCCCACCAGCACGCCCUUACUGGGCCCAGUGGCUCCCAGCAGCAUUCAGCGGGAGAGCAACGCCAACCUCUCGCAUAGAGCUGCGAGUGAUCACUACCUCAUAGGCAACAACAUCACAGUCGCUGUCUUGGGGAUAGUCAUUCCUAUCGUCCCUAUCCUUGCCACAGUGGUCAUCGGGUUACUCUGCACCGGCGCCUACCUGGUCUGGCGAAACUGGCGGCGCAAGAACACGAAGAGCAUGAACUUCGACAACCCCGUCUACCGCAAGACCACGGAGGACGACGACGACGAGAUCCACAUCGGCCGACACAGCGAGUCCGUCGGUCACGUCUACCCAGCACGUGUGGCACUCAGUCUGGAGGAUGAUGGUUAUCCCUGAAGAAGGGGUUCAUCCUCACCUUGACCCCUCCUCCUACCCAUCCGCACCUCCACAAUGAGGCCUGGCUCAGCGCAGAGGAGACACUAUUGCCUCCUAAGGAGCAGGGAUGACACGUACAAGCCGUAUAUCUUACUUCUCACGCUGUAGUAACAUUUGCUACCACCAGUAGGCGCUACUACUUCCUCUAAUCCUAGUGUAGUAGUCUGUGCUCCGCCCCUUCUUCUCUCUUGCUCUCAGUCAUCGCACAUUUGUCAAACUAACAUCAGUAUCAGAGUGAGUCAUCUUCGAUUAUUUAUAGAGAUGUCCGAUAAUAUCGGGAUGCCCAUAAUAUCGGCCGAUAAAUGCUUUAAAAUGUAAUAUCGGAAAUUAUCGGUAUCGGUUUCAAAAAGUAACAUUUAUGACUUUUUAAAACGCCGCUGUAUGGAGUGGUACACGGACGUAGGGAGAAGUACAGAGCGCCAAAAAACCUUUAAGGCACUGCCUUUGCGUGCCGGCCCAAUCGCAUAAUAUCUACGGCUUUUCACACACACAAGUGAAUGCAGGCAUACUUGGUCAACAGCCAUACAGGUCACACUGAGAGUGGCCGUAUAAAGAACUUUAACACUGUUACAAAUAUGCGCCACACUGUGAACCCACACCAAACAAGAAUGACAAACCCAUUUCGGGAGAACAUCCGCACCGUAACACAACAUGAACACAACAGAAGAAAUACCCAGAAUCCCUUGCAGCACUAACUCUUCCGGGACGCUACAAUAUACAACCACCCUACCCCCCUACCCCGCCCACCUCCACCUCCUCACACUCUCUCUGGGAGAGCAUGUCCGAAAUUGUAAGCUGCUGUUUUAAGGCAUGUUAAAAACUAAUGCACUUUGUGACUUCAAUAAUAAAUAUGGCAGUGCCAUCUUGGCAUUUUUUUCCAUAACUUGAGUUGAUUUAUUUUGGUAAACCUUGUUACAUUGUUUAAUGCAUCCAACGGGGCAUCACAACAAAAUUAGGCAAAAUAAUGUGUUAAUUCCAAGACUGUAUAUAUCGGUAUCGGUUGAUAUCGGAAUCGGUAAUCAAGAGUUGGACAAUAUCGGAUAUCAGCAAAAAAGCCAUUAUCUCUAAUUAUUUUAAUUCCUCAUAUAUAU